CCACGACCGACGUGCAUGUGUCGGGUAUGGCUUGUUACAACUUCGUGUGAAGAAGAAGCUAGCUAUUAUUUGAUGUAAACAAUAUUUUCUUCUAAUAAGACGGACCAAAAAUGGUAGACGUCCACGGCACAUCCUCGCCCUCGCUCGCGGUCCCAGAAGAGGAGAAACGGAUUCCCGACAUCACGAUAGCCACGAUUGGAAAUGUAGACUCGGGAAAGUCGACGUUGGUCGGGGUUCUUACGAAGUCAAUCUUGGACGAUGGCAGAGGUAUUUUUAUGCAGUUUUUCUUGCAAAACAAAAACAUAAACAAGGAAAACAAUAAAGGGGCGACUUGCUUAGUUACUGUGAAGUACAAGCACGCCACUACCCAUGUUGAAGAACACAAGGAAAUACUUCUGUAAAAACGACCAUCUCCGUCAAGAUCAUUUAUAUGGAGACGGUCUAUUUCUCCCUGUCAGCAUCUUUCUUUUGCACUUUGAUUUUGCAAAAACUGGUCUACAACUGCAGGCCUGGCGCGUUCCAAAGUGUUCAAUUUCGGACACGAGCAGGAAAAUGGGCGCACGAGCAGCAUCGCCCACGAGAUCAUGGGAUUUCACACGUUGCUGGAAAAGGAGCAACUGCCGGCGGGAGGACCAGGACAAGCACAACAACCUCGUUCGUCAAACACAACAAAAAAGGAGUCUUCUUCAAGUGUGCAGCAGAUGAUGAAAACUACAGGAAACAACUCCUCUUCAAGUACUACAUCCCCGGGCGGAGACGAGGAUCAGAGCACUGCCGCCUCGUCCUCUCGGAGUAAUCAGCCGGAAAGCUGUGCAGGUGGAGGUGGAAGUUCUUCUAGCAGUUCAGCAGGGCCUACAACUGGUAACAGUAGCACAGGGACGACCUCCGCUACAUCUUCCUCGUCAUCAGCCGGCGCGUCAAAUAAGCCGGACCACCAGGAUGAUUUUCAGUCCUGCGGCGAAGACGAAAAUAGUAACGAAAACAAUGAAAAACUCAAGGAUCAUCCGGGAUCGUCGAAAAAACUGUCUCCUGCAAAUAAUAUGAACAAUGGCAAAGCCUUUUCGCCGGCAGCAAGAUCAGACAAAGACAGCGGAGGGGGGACCACGACAACAGCAAAGUCGGGAAGUUCAUCUUCUGCGCCGUCGGCCGCCACGACGCCGCCUACGACCACGAACGCGGCAAAUAAGAGCCCCCCAGCGAGUUCUGUGUCCACCGCAACCGCGUCGACUGCCGCCGCCUCUAACUCCCCCAAUUCGACGGCCAAGAAGCUGUUCCAGGUGGUCACUGUCGACUCGGAGCACCACGGAAAGAGGGGUGAGAAACAGCAGGACCAUCAGCAUAACCACGACGAGAAUUAUUCUGCCGCGAAUAAUUAUGUCGCCACGACCGAGCGAAAGAGCCACGUCGUGCCCCGCGGGUCGGCGUCGCACCCAAUCAAAACUGGGGCGCAGAAAAACGCGCUGUGGCAGAAGAUUCAGGAGCAGAGCGACCGGCUAAUUCAGUUUGUGGACCUGUGCGGGCACGAGAAGUACCUGAAAACCACAAUAUUUGGAUUGGUCGGGCUGUGUCCCGACUACGCUAUCGUCGUGGUCAACGCAAACGCGGGGUUGCAGAGGAUGACCCGCGAGCACAUUGGUAUAUUUUAUUGACUGGGAGUUGCUCUUCAUCAUCUAUUGGACAUGUUCAGUAUACCUCAAAUUAAAUUUUUGCCUAUUACGGCUCCUGGUCGACGUGGAAGAAAAAUUAUCCAAUGACACAAUCAGAAACCAAACCAUCAAUCAUGUUCGUGCACUGACUUGAAACACAAGCCAAAGCAUAAGCAUCUUCUUGACGACAAGAGCCCAGCACUUGAAAUACAAAUAUUUCUCAACGCCAGGCAUCGCCAUUGCCCUUCGUAUUCCCAUCAUCAUUGUGGUGACGAAAAAGGACAUGACGCCCGGGAACGUCUACGACGCCAACAUGCUAAACAUCUGCAAAGUGCUAUCAAAAGAAAAAAUCCCCCCUCCCCAUAUCGAAAACGAAACUUGUGAUGCUGUAUGUGAGUACACAAGUCGACUUGUAAUGCUAGAAGGCCAGGAGCCGCAGUUGUGGCCUCGUUUGCAGGCAAUUUGUCAUGCUGCUUCCCACUUCCAGUUGCCUGCUUUCAUGCUGAAGAUGCAAGGCUUUCCCACGCCUGCCAGGAGUACAGUCCGCAUCUUUUCCCUUCUAGCAUGACAAAGCUGAUUUGUGGCCACAAAUCUGCAUCACAGAUCUCCGGUUUGAUAUGGGGAGGGGGGAUUUUUCUUCUUGAUAAGUGCUCAAAUCCAACGCGGUUCGGAAACUGCCCGUGCUGAUCAAGCACGAAACGGACGUGGAGCACGCGGCCAGCAGCAUUCUCAGCGAGCGGAUUGUGCCCGUCUUUUCGGUCAGUUCGGUCACCGGCGACGGGCUGGAUUUCCUCCGGUCCUUCCUGUACAAUCUGCAGCCCCGUGCGAAGGAAUUGCUCUGCAAAAGCCCGUAUCCCACGCAAAAGUAUCGCGCUCCUAGUUAAUCUCUUAUUGCAAUUAUGCGCGACAAUUUGAAUUACUUAGAUACAAACAAACUUGAAAAUUUGUAAAAAGAUGAAAUUUCUACCAGUACGUACCAGUCCCAGUGCGAUACUUUGUUUUGCAAUGGAUAGCUUGGAAGACAAGCAGGUGGAGUUUCACAUCGAAUCAAUCUUCCUAGUCGCCGGCGUCGGGGUCGUGGUGGCCGGAUUCAUGCGAUCGGGUAUAAUAUUUUGGGAUUUUCCUUCCUUUUAAUUUUUCCUCCUCUGGAUUCCGUUUCCGAUGCAUCUUGGCUCCUGCAGGUUGUUUCUGUUUGUGCAAUAAAGUUCAGCUUGCGGAUAAUUUAAGACACAACUCGUAGACGAUCCACUGAUAAUAAGUCUAAGAACAAACCAACCGAUCUGUCGGCACAAAUAAAUCCAACGGCAGGCACGGUGACAGUCGGAUCGCACCUGUACCUUGGCCCGGAUUCGCUGGGGAAGUACAAGCACCUGAUUGUUCGCGGUAUCCACAUCCGGCGCGUGCCGAAAUCCAAAGCGUUGUCGGGGGACCACUGCUCGUUUUCCCUCCGUGCCAUCGACGCGAAAGAGAAGUUUAAGAAGUCGCAUUUUCGAAUAUGGAAGUGAACAAUGUGGUCUCAAGACGACUGGUCUUCGUUUUGUUCUUUGCCACCCAAAAUCCUAGCAGGUGGAGUGAGGCAAAAGUAUGUUCUUAAUGACAGAUGACAUGCUGCCCGCAUACGCAAUUUUUCGCCCUGUCAAGUGAGUACUUCCCCGACAUUGUAUGUUGACACAGGAUUACAAAAGGAAAACUGAGACCACAACGUUGCUGGCGUUCCAUACCACAAGGGCAUGGUCCUCCUGAGCCAAAUUAACACGGAGCCGGUGGCGUUUCGCGAGUUUGAAGCGGAAAUCGUCAUCCUGCACCACAGCACCACGAUAAGGCAAAGGUAGACUCAAGUAGAUAUACAUGGUGGAUGACGAGUAUUGAAGUAGUUCAGUCUAACUCUAACUCUAUCUUUCGCAAUGCACAACCUCGACGAAAGUGCACAACUACGACAGUGCUAUCUAUCUUCGCGGUGGUGCGCCAACAUCUUUAGCAAUGCGCUGUCUUCGUGAUGUUGCGCCAUGCGCAACCACGACAGUGCGCGAUUCUUUACGUGCUAGUUGAUGGGUGCUAGUCUGGUGCACGAAAAGGCGGCGGAAUACAAACGAAACUCUGUCAGGUACCAAGCCGUAAUCCAUUGCGGCGUGAUCCGGCAAUCGGCCGAGGUGCUGGGCAUGAGCAGCGAGCUACUGCGUACCGGCGACAAAGCCACCGUGCGGUUUCGGUUUCUGUAUCACGUGGAGUUCAUGCGCGUGGGUUGGACCCUGCUCUUCCGUGAGGGCCGCACGAAGGGGAUAGGAAGGGUCACGAAGGUUCUGAUUGGCGGCAACAACACGGUGUCUGGGCCCACAGCUCCGCGCUCGCCCACGACGCACGGCAGUGCGUCUUCUGCGGGUGCCAGUACUGUUGCAGUCGGGAGCAACUUGCCGCCGCCCGCGGGAGGUACUAGCAGUAGUACCACUGCCGGCGCAGUCGGUGGAGGAAGCGAGCCUGCAAGCUCCUCUACACGAGUUGACAAUCCUGCGUCGACUUCCACUUCCUCGGACGCAGGAGCUGCAAGUGCGAGUGCACCCACUAGUGCGACCGGGAGUAGCACUUUCGCAGAGCGAAAAAGCAACCGAACGUCAGCGGCAGCACAGCAGGCUAUCACAGCAUGACCUUCGUUUUUUUCGUCAGUAUGUUCGCUACGAAAUCAAUAUGUUUGUGCAUGCACUAAUAUGGACACGGUGUCUGUUGUGUCUACUUUAGCUGCUGCUGCAGCGCCGAAGCUCUGCAGAAAAUAGAAAACUUGAAAAUGACUUGUAGGCAGCUGUGGAAUAUGUUUAUGUAGAAGAACUCAGACCGCUGAAAAAGAAUGCAAAUGGAAAUUUAAAAGGUCUCAAAUCGUGGAGAGAACCGAAAAAACGAAAGAAAAUUUCGCCUCCAUACCCAAGAAGAAAGCAGGCAGCAAAGCGACAACACGGAACACAGUCGGUGGUGGCGGAGCGGCAGGAGAGAGCACCCACUCUUCGCCUAACGAAGCAAAAGCUCCCGAAAAUGGAUGA